AAAUGUGACAGAAGUGAAAGAGUGAUGAUGAGAAGAUGAGCAUCCCAAAAGGCCAUGUCCUUGUUCUUCCCUACCCAGCUCAAGGGCACAUCAACCCACUCGUUCAAUUCGCGAAACGACUCGUCGCAAAAGGUCUGAAAGCCACUUUUGCCACCACCCCUUACACAAUUAAGCACAUAAACGCACCCACUAUUUCCAUUGAACCCCUCUCAGAUGGCUACGAUGAAAGUGGCUUCAGGCAAGCUCCAAGCGUGGAAGCCUACUUAGAGUCCUAUAAAUUAGUUGGAUCCAAAGCUUUAACUAAGCUUAUAUCGAAGUUCAGAGACUCUUCUUUUCCUGUUCGUUGUAUCGUUUACGAUUCUCUGCUUCCUUGGGCGCUUGAUGUGGCCAAGCAGUUUGGGAUCUAUGGAGCUGUGUUCUUGACCAAUUCAGCUUCUGUGUGUUCACUGUAUUGGCGAAUCAGAGAGGGUCGGCUCAGCUUGCCUUUGAACGAUGAAGCGUUUCCAAUCUCGCUGCCUGGCCUUCCUCCUCUUGAAUUCUCUGAUUUGCCAAGUUUUAUUGCGCGACCUGCUGAUCAUUCUGCUUAUUUUGCCGCGAUCAUGGACAAGUUUGAGGCUUUGGAGCUCAAUGACUGGGUAUUCUGCAACACCUUCCAAGAGCUGGAAAAUGAGCUAGUGAAGUCAUUGGAAGGCCAAUGGCCACUUGUAACGGUGGGGCCAAUGAUUCCAUCGGCCUACGUUGGCCAACCAUCAGACGGCGACACUGCUUACGGUGCCAGUUUCUGGGAACCAAGCAGCCAUACCUAUUUGAAGUGGCUGCACACAAAACCACCAAAAUCAGUAGUAUUUGUGUCAUUUGGAAGCAUGGGAACUACCUCAGCCAAACAAGCCCAAGCAAUUGCCACGGGUUUGAAGGCAAGCAAGAAGCAGUUCUUAUGGGUUCUCAAAGAGUCUGACGACAAAUUGCCACAAGAUCUUCUAAACGACGAGGGAUUGGUGGUGACUUGGUGCAACCAAGUGGAAGUGUUGGCUCACCCAGCUGUGGGUUGCUUUGUAACUCAUUGUGGAUGGAACUCUGUGUUAGAAGCGCUGAGCAUAGGAGUGCCAAUUGUGGGGGUGGCUCAUUGGAGUGAUCAGCCUACAAAUGCUAAGCUAGUGGAAGAGUUGUGGGGAGUGGGUUUAAGAGCAAAGAAGGAUUUGGAUGGCGUUUUAAGAGGGGAAGUGCUGGAUCAGUGCAUAAGAGAGGUUAUGGAUGGUGGAAAAAGUGAAGAUAUUAGAAGGAACGCUUCUAAGUGGAGUGAAAGUGCAGCCAGAGCUGCUGCUCCAGGUGGGAGUUCAGACAAUAACAUCAGCAAGUUUAUAAGAAUCUUAAGGGAAUGAGGGGAACUAUAUUUUAUAUCUGUCAGUAUAUCAAAUAGAUCUAUAUAUAGACGAGCACACAGGAGUGCAUCUUUCUGUUUGUUUAUGUUUGCACAUGCCAAUGGAACUCUUUACUUACCCUCUUUUAUCUCAGUUGUAGCAAGUACUAA